AUGUCACACGUGCAACCCGUGUCAAUUAGUAAAAUUAUACCUCUCAGUUUAUGUUGUGAAGGAUGCCAACAAACUGCACAACCUCCUUAUGCAGUAGCACAAGAUGGCUCUAGUAACUAUAACACAAUGAUUGAUGCAGGCUUGACGGCCCCGAAUAACAACAUUGUACAAUACUACAUUCAAACAAAACAAGGAACCUACAACGAAUAUGUCCAAAUCGAAGAAUGGCAAACAAACAUCGUACUCAUUGGAGAAGGAAUGGACAAAACCAUAAUCUCAAGAAAUAAGAGCUUUGGAGGUGGCAUUGGGACUUACCACACUACUACCAUGGCAUGCAAUAGUACUUGCAUCAUUGAUCUCAUGACUGUCUGUUUUUCUCUUUUAAGGGUGUCAAUUCGACGGUUUCAAGACUCCUUAUACACAGACUUUGGCAAGCAGUUCUACACGGAGUGUAAAAUUUUGGGUACCAUUGACUUUAUUUGUGGUGAUGCAGCUGGGGUGUUCCAAAAUUGCUUAAUUGAAGCACGUAUACCACUGCAUGACCAAUACAUUACCAUCACAACGCAACAGAGAAAUAUUGAGAAUGAACCAACAUGA